AUGAAAAAAAAAUUCUUUAGAGCUAGAACCAUAAGAGAGCUUCGAUGGAUUCCCAACCCCUCAACUCCCAAUUUCCAAAGUCCAAAAAUAAAAAUUUCCCCAGUAAAGACCUCCAGCCCUCGAUUCUCAAAUUGUCGACCCAAAGAUUUGGCUGCAUAAUAUUUUUUGGAAUACAAUAUUAAGUAUUAUUUAUUAAGAUAUUAAGUUUUUUGGAAUUGCUAUUUAAGUUUUAAUUUGUUUGAAAAUUUUAUGUUUAAAUAUUUAAAUUUUGUGAAAUUGUUAUAUUUAGUUUGUUUGGAUUAAACUUUAGUUAUGAAUAAAUUUUUAUUUAUUUUAUAAAAUUUAAUUUUAGAGAAUUUAGAUUUAAAUAUGGGGCAUAUAGUGAUAUUUAAUUUGAAUUUGGAUUACAAAUAAUUUAUGGUUUGAGAUUUGAAGACAUAUUUGCGGAUUUAAUUGAAGAGGAAAAGAUCCGAAACAAAUUGCAAAUAAAAUAAGAGACUGAUUUGAUUUUGCUUUCAUUUUACAACUGGUUAUGACAACUAUAUUUGAUUUUUCCGGGAAAAAAACCAGAGAUAACUUUAAAAAACAAAAGAAAAGAAAACCCCAAAACUGGGUUUUAAUUCAAACAAAACCCCCCAAACAUUAAAUCCUACUCUAAUUGAAUCACAUAAGCAAUAUGGAAAGUGACACCAAAAAUAAAACAGAAAGUUGCACCCAAAAGCAAUCUCUUUGUUUUCUCAUUCUUCUACCAGAAUUUCCCUUUCCCUUUCUCUCUCUCAUUACAAACUUAAUUAAAACGUAAACUUAAAUGUAACAAUUAAAAGAAACAAAAACCUUGGAAUCGUAAAAGCUUCUGCAUUUGAAAACCCAGAUUUUGCUUUGCGAUAAUGGAGGUUUCUUUUUUAAGGUCGAAUCAAAGGACAAAACGUUGAAGAAAAGCAAAGGGUUCCCAGACCAGAAUAUAUAUAUAUAUAUAUAUAUAUAUAUAUGUCAGAAACAAUGGGAGAUUCAGGUCAGGUGCAGAUUGAAGAGGAUAAAGUUUCUCUGGAUGUGAAUAAGAAAAGAGCAGUGAAAACACCAGCCCAGGUUAUAGUUCUUGAGAACUUCUAUAAAGAGGAAAGAUUUCCUUCAGAUGAAAUGAAAGCAAAACUGGCUGUUCAAUUAGGGUUGACACAAAAGCAGAUAUCUAGUUGGUUUUGUCACAGAAGGUUAAAAGACAAAAGGAGAGAUGACUGCUACGCUAAUGGGCAACAUGAUUAUUCCAGUGGUGUUAUCCAGGAUCAUGUUAGCGGGCUCAGGCAAGAUUCUUGUGGCAGUAUUAAGCAGGGAGAUUACAGAUAUAUUGAUCUGAGGGAGGUAGAAAGUCGAAUAAUUCAUGGCCAAGGGUUUCCAGCUGCUGACCUCACAUACGAGCGUAGAAGUCAUCAAUAUCCAUAUGGCGUUCAGAUGGAGGAUCCAUCUUCUGAAAGUAGUCUGUCUUUGCACGAUCAGCUUUUCUUGAAAGUUGGGAAUCGUUAUGACAUGCACAUUUCAGCUAAACCUACACAAAAUGGAGCAAUUGUGCAGACAAACUCGAGUUCUAAAAGCAUAGGUUAUAAGCCAUCUGGAUAUUUGAAGGUUAAGGGUCAAAGUGAGAAUCCUGUUAUUACUGCUGUCAAGAGGCAGAUGGGAAGGCAUUAUCGAGAAGAUGGUCCAGUGCUCGGAAUUCAAUUUGAUCCACUUCCUCCUGGUGCAUUUGAGUUCCCAAGUAGCCAUCCAGUCAAUGAGCCAAUCAAUAUUAGAGAUUCCCGACAGCCCCAUUGUUUAGAUAUCUCUGGAGUGAUGAAGCAGUCGAAGCCUAAGAUUAUAAAUGAAGUACAUAAUACCAUGUUGAGUUUUCAGGACUCAUACAUGGAGGGUGCAAACUUUAACACUGUGCAUGGGUCCAAAAGCCAGGACUGGAGAUGUCAUCAUCAACCGAAAUAUAAGCCUUCUUUUUCUUGUUCGAACCCUUUUCCCUACAAGGACUUUCCUUUAGAUAUCUACAAAGGUUAUGCUGACAAACCUGCUAUCAGUGAUUGCAAACGAAGUUGGAUGAGCUCUAAGCUUGUGGUUGAAAGGAUGGUGCCGGAUUCUUGUUCUAACCAUCCUGGUCCCUAUGGUAGGAAAAUUACUAAUGAACAAAAAAUUCCUGGGUUACAUGAUGCUCAUCAUAUCCACAUGGACCCCAAAGCCAAAAACCUGCCUAAAACUUCAAGUUUCAUACGCGCGUGCAGUGAGUCCUUGGGUAAUGAGAGAGGGCCAUUUGCAAGGAUGGAAAAGGUGGAGAACGUUGUUGGAGAAUGGAAGCUGAGAAAGGAUUACCCUGUCAGAGUAAAAAUUGAUGCAACAAAUGAAUUGAGCGUUGCUAAACGGGUUGAUCUUGAAUUUCCUCAAAAAGAUUUUGUGGCAAAUGCAUCACAUGCCAGAUUGCAUCUGUUGACAAAUCCAAGUAAAGGACCUUCCAUGGAUGUACCGAGUUGCUUCAGUGGGGAUGAAACUGCAGAAACUAGUUUAUCCUCUCGGAUUGAGGAUGCAUAUGGUUGAGAAGAUUGCUUUUGUACUGCUGGAAAAAGAGCGAAGGUCUUCAAGCUUACUAACUAGAAAAGCAGUGGUAGGAAGAACAUGGGGGUAGGACAGUGUUUUUGUUCAUUGUAUUUUGUGUUUAGAUAGAUAGUGGUCAGCUGUUAAUAUAUGUGUAAACUCUUUUUGAUUUUGUAGUUAAUUAAAUGCUUUGUGAUUGUGAAGGAUAGUAGUGAUGAAUUUUUCUGGUGAAUCCACCAAGGGCGAAAGAAUGUGACUCUAUCCCCUUGGUAUCAAUAUUACAAUGUCUUAAGUACAAUACCUAUUCAACUUAGACAAAGAUGUUAAUUUGAGUUUAAUCCAAGCUGUAGAAUUUUUUUUUAAUUAAAA